AAAACAAUGGCCACAUUGACUUGCUCUUCCUUAAAAAAUUCAGCUUUUGUUCUAAUAUUGGUAUAUGCCUUGACCUUUUCAUUCUCACUAGUAAGUGCACGACCCGCCACUUUUUUACAGGAUUUUAAAAUCGCUUGGUCCGACUCUCACAUCAAACAACUCGAUGGCGGCAGGGGAAUUCAACUUAUUCUCGAUCAAAACUCAGGAUGUGGAUUUGCUUCGAGAAGCAAAUACCUGUUUGGACGUGUUAGCAUGAAGAUCAAGCUCGUUCCAGGUGACUCUGCAGGAACUGUUACCGCCUUUUACAUGAAUUCGGACACAGAUAACGUAAGAGACGAACUUGACUUCGAAUUCUUGGGAAACCGGACAGGGCAGCCGUACACUGUUCAAACGAAUGUUUAUGUCCACGGAAAAGGUGACAAGGAACAAAGGGUUAACCUUUGGUUCGAUCCAUCCGCUGAUUUUCACACAUACACCAUUUUUUGGAACCAUCAUCAAGCCGUGUUCUCAGUGGAUGGAAUACCCAUUAGAGUGUACAAGAACAACGAAGCAAAAGGAAUCCCAUUCCCCAAAUUUCAACCCAUGGGUGUCUACUCAACAUUGUGGGAAGCUGACGACUGGGCUACAAGAGGUGGCUUAGAGAAAAUAAAUUGGAGCAAAUCCCCAUUUUACGCAUACUACAAGGAUUUUGACAUUGAAGGAUGUGCAAUGCCAGGACCAGCAAAUUGUGCCUCCAACCCAAGUAAUUGGUGGGAAGGACCUUCUUAUCAACAACUGAGCCCAGUACAAGCAAGGCAAUAUCGUUGGGUUCGAAUGAAUCACAUGAUCUAUGAUUAUUGCACAGACAAAUCGAGAAACCCCGUUCCCCCACCAGAAUGUAGGGCCGGAAUUUGAAACUUCUCCUUAAUUGUGUAUACAUGGGGGGGGGGGGGGGGGAUGAAAUUUGUGCCCAUUGAUAUGGACAGUCACGUUCAUGUCUUAUCAAUGCUUGCUCCGUUGUUAUAUGUACUAAG